UGUGUGACUCUACAACAAACUACAACAAUGGCAUCUUCAAAUUCACCAUGUGCAGCAUGCAAGUUUCUACGCCGAAAAUGUCAACCAGAAUGUGCAUUUGCACCUUAUUUUCCACCUGAUCAACCACAAAAAUUUGCAAAUGUUCAUAGAAUUUUUGGAGCAAGUAAUGUUACAAAGCUUCUUAAUGAUUUACAUCCUCACCAACGUGAAGAUGCGGUUAAUUCACUUGCUUAUGAAGCCGAAAUGAGACUUCGCGAUCCGGUUUACGGUUGUGUAGGUGUAAUUUCUCUCCUUCAACAUCAACUUCGUCAACUUCAAAUGGAUCUUUAUUGUGCAAAAUCCGAACUCUCCAGGUACCAAAACUUGAGUCUCGCAGCUACUGCCGGUCAUGGACUCAUAACCGGUUUGACAGGUGAAUCUGUCACGGCCACAACUAAUUACCACCACACGCAGAACAACACUGGUGGUGGUAAUAUUAAUAGUAAUGGCCGUGACCGUGACCAUCAUUAUCAUCAUCAAUUUUUUCCAAGGGAUCAACAUCAACAUAAUUUGGUUAGAAAUUUUGAUGCUGGAAUUGGGAAUAACUAUGAUGCUAGUCUUUUGGCUAUGAAUAUAUCUGCAAGCUUAGGUCAGAUUAAUCAGCUUCAACACCAUAGUGCUGCCGGCGGUGGUGGUGACGACCGCCGUACUAUUAACCGCACCUAGGGUUUCUUAUUUCUAUAGGUACUAAAAUUAAUGUUUUUCAUUUAAUUUUAAAGUCUGUCAUCUAUCAUC